UAAGGAGUUCAAAUGGGCAGACAUUAUAAAGUUUGAGUUGGGACGACAAAGAAGAAAUGCAGAGCACCUGCGUUUUCUGUUUACCAUCAAAAACUCCACCACCACCACUAAACCUCACAAACUGGAACCCUAGUACAAAAUCUGCUACUAAUUCACCAAAUGAAAGAAUUGGAGAUACAGAUAAUUUGGCGGCACAAUUGAAAUUUCCACUACCUACCCAUUUAAAUUCAAUUACAAGUACUUCAAACCCGUUUAUAAAGCACUGUGUUAAGCUCCGUUCAAGCUCCCCUUAUCGCCAUGCCCACGCUUCUGCUCUUGUUGUCGGCACUACUCCUAUAAGGGACAUUUGUGAAUUUCAGAAUACAUUGAAAGAGAGGACUGUGAAAAUGGAGUGUCUAAUACUUCCCGAGGAAGCUAAGGUUCCCGAAGGGCUCGACAGUUCUUCCACUCGUACUUUGCGCGCGAGUGCUCUGGUGAUGAAAAGACUUUCGCAGUUGCAGUCUGCGGAAGCUGUUGAAGCUGUGGCACUUAUGAAAUUCCCGACGAGCUACUUUGUUGUAGAUGACAAUCAAAAGAAUGCGGAUUGUCGGAAAUGGUUUCCAGCUCCACAUCGGAUUUUAGUCCUCGAAGGGAUUCAGGAUCCAGGUAACCUUGGCACAUUAAUACGAUCAGCUGUGGCGUUUAGAUGGGGUGGUAUAUUUCUACUUCCCGGCUGUUGUGAUCCAUUCAACGACAAGGCACUAAAAGCUAGUCGUGGAGCUUCCUUUCAGGUCCCUAUAGUCUCGGGUAGUUGGCAUCAUCUGGAAACUCUAAAAGAUGAAUUCAAAAUGAAAAUGCUUGCUGGCCAUCCGGCAAGCAACGACGAACAGACACCCGUAUCAGAAUUAUGUCAAGGAUUUGCAGAUUCUUUAGAUGAUACGCCGAUAUGCUUGGUUUUGGGGAAUGAAGGGCAUGGCCUUACACAUAAAUCUCUAACAGAGUGUGAGCUUGUAAGUAUAUCUAUGGCUCGAAUCUAUGAGUCUCUCAAUGUUGCAGUUGCUGGUGGUAUUUUUUUGUACAUGCUACAGCCUAAAAACCAGACAUUUGGUGUUCUGAGUUAAAAAGUAACGGCACAAUGAUUCGAAAAAAUUUAAAUAGUUGCUUUUAUCAAUUUUGUUAA